AUGAUCGGGCGGAGACGCCGCUGGCGCCAGCAAGAGCGCGAGAAGGCGGUGCGCAACGUCUUCGAGGCGCAGAUGCACGCGCGGAUGCGGCGCCAGAGCCUUAAGCACGCGGAGCUGCGGCGCCCCGAGGCGCUGGAGGCCGACUGCGUGACGCUGGACCUCGGCAGCGCGCGCUCCAGAGACACCAGGGAGGAAGAGGGCAACGAAUUGGUGCUCAAAGUGCGGCAACCGCUGAGUCAAGACGCCUGGUUCCGGCUGGAGAAACUCGGGGGCCUGGACAUGACGCUGGCCGUGCCGGCCUUUGUGUACCGGGUCUUUCUGGGUGAGGAGAAGGACUUCAGUGGAGACGCAACGGAGGGCAGUCGCGGUGUUUACAGACUCCCAAGACUGCUCCACAACUCGAGAGCGAACCUGCCGCCGCGAUCGGCGGACUGCUAUCUAUGA